CGCACACAUGGACGAGGACAAGACCAAAGCGAAGGAAGAAGGAGCUAAAGGAGCAGAAGUCAAGUACAGAGGCGUUCGAAGGCGGCCUUGGGGGAAAUUCGCCGCGGAGAUACGCGACUCCACUCGCCAGGGAGCACGGAUAUGGUUGGGGACUUUUAACACGGCGGAGGAAGCUGCAAGAGCUUACGAUCGAGCAGCUUAUGCAAUGAGAGGGCACUUAGCCAUUCUUAAUUUUCCUAAUGAGUACCCACUUACAAGUGGUGCUGGUUCUAGUUCCACAACUUCUGUUGCUCCUUCUUCUUCUGCCUCUUUACCGUCAAUGCAAAACGAAGUUAUCGAGUUGGAGUACCUGGAUGAUAGGCUGCUGGAAGAGAUGCUUGAGCAAGAAGAGCAAAAGAGCAAGAGCAAGAAGUAGAAGUGACAUCUUUUUUUUUUUUUAAAUAUAUAUAUACGGUAAUUUACAUAAGUGUUUUCUCAAAUCUCAACUUCAUCUCUCUUCUGUUGUUGAUCAUUUUGCUAUAGCAACCCACGAAAAGGGUUUUUGCCUAUUCAUGCAUAACACAUUGCGAACAUGAGAUUGGAAGAUGAAAGCAAAUAAACUUCAUACUUCCAAUCCAAGUUGGACAGUGAUUAAGGACACACAUGUUACAUGUAUUACCUAUGUAUGUGCGUGAAUUGGUGGAAAUUUAGAAGAAAAUCGAAUAUUUGUGUA